UUGCGAAGUGGUGCCAAAUAAUUUCUUUCCAGGUGGUCUGGUAUUAUAGCACAGCAGGGCUGUCCAUAGAUUUUAUCCAAGUAGUUACUUCCUCUUAGUGGAAGUUGGGGUGUUCGAGUAGAGCAUGAGCUUCGUAUCGGGUGGCGUGUUGGCCGGCAGUAUUCCCGGCUUGAGCGAAUCGUUCAAAGCCAGUACUGGCAGUAGCAACAGUGACAACAAAACUGUUGACGACGAAUUACCCCAAAAAAGUACAGAAUGUAACUCUGAGGGCUCUGCAAAAAGCAACCAAGAUAGUGUACAAAAGCCGACCGUCGUCACCGACAAUGGUGCUUCAGUGAAUUCAGAGCCCACCAAGGAUGCAGGCAACGCGGAGGCAGUGAAAGAGGAUGGUAAAGGAACCGAGGACGCGACUUUUUUUGAGUGCUUGGUGUGUCGAGUGGCCCUGGCGACGGAGGAGCUAUUGGGUCAGCAUAACGAAAGCCAGAAGCAUAAGUUAAAUACUCAGGCUGCUGCAAAUAGUUACGUAGAAAAUAUCAGACCCUUGUACUGUGUGAUAUGUAAGUUACAACUGAACUCCAAAAGCCAAUACCAUCAACACGUUACGAGUAAAAAGCACAAGCAAAUUGAGGCGGACCUGCUCGUGUCCGGUGAAUUGCCUACUACUGCCGGUCAACCGACCCCACUGGAGGUGCUUCAUGGGCCUGUGCCCCGCCCACCAGUGAGGCGCCCUGCUGGACCAGUCAACUUUGCCGAAGACCAAUUUGAUGAUCUGUUCAAUGGAAUGGAGCAGACACCAACCAUGGCUCGCCGAGCGCCAGUGUCUUCAGCAGACCCAUCGAACACUAGCUGCGCCACCGCACCACAGGCAGCCAACGGCAGUGAUGCAGCGAGGGAGCAAAAGCACACCGGUGGUCCACAUCAGCCUGGAAAGCAAACCACCGGAGCCGCGAGGCCCCAGCGAAACAAUGCCCAAGGCUUUGCACCACGCGGCGGCCGGGGAGGUCCACCGCGUGGCGGCCGAGGAGCCGGUGGCAGGGGCAGGAAUCAGCGUCCUUACAGCGAACCCCCAAGGCCCGGUCGUGAGCCACUUAUUCCGUCGGCCUGGCAUGGAGAACAUCAUGGGCCAGCACCACCGUUUAACCAUCAUCCACAGCCCUGGUACGGUGGGGACCAUCAACGAGCUCAUCAUGAGGAGGCGGCCCGGUGGCACGAAGAAGAGCGAAGACGAAGACAGUGGCAUGAUGAACAACUGUGGCGCAGUGGUAUGCAUCACUUUGAACCCAGGCCUGAUGCGCGAGGCACUGAUCGCUACUUCAAUGAACGUCCGUCGCACCAUGCAUGGUAACCAAUAUGCCUUGUAGGCAUUGCUUCUCUUCCGCUCCUACUGUGAUUGCUCUUCAUUUUCGCAUUGUCACCUCUUGAUACAGUCCAUCUGCUGGUUUGCCAUUUCGAGUGAGUGUAUGUAGCUAGUCUGCUUCGGCUCCUGGCCAUACUUUCAUGAUGUCCAUGUCUGGCUACUUCUGUGUGUGUGGGUUUUUUUUUCUCCUGUGAUGUAUCCUUUACUAGCUGCGGACACUUGCACCACGCUUUCAGCUUUCUUUUUCUUGAGCACCCAGUUGGCGAGUGCUGCUUUUCUUGUCGCCAUGCAGCUGCAUCUGACUGUGCGUUGUGUUUGUCUGUACCGCCAGUUGUUUUUUGUUUGCGAUUGUCUUCGCCUUUUGAAGUGUAUUAUCUAGUUACUGCUGUUUCCAGGCAUACAGUGCCUUGCCUCCCACAGUUUGCUUUCUUCAAUCGUGGACUGACAGUGUACACAGUGUACACAGUAUCA